UUGUCCAAAUAGAGGUUAAAGGCACUGAAAGUGUGAAUGGACCGACAUUUAAUUAACCCUGGCGCAAUACAAGAUUAUAUUCACUUUAUCAUUCAUAUAUCUGUAUGCACGAAUGUCUGAUUUAUUUAAAAAAAGCGUCAAUAAAAAGUAUAUACAUGAACGCUCGAGUUACUUAAGAGGGACUAAUGUAUGCAAUCUUGACGGAGCAAUUACUUUUUCAUUCUUACGAAUAAUGCGAUUCCGGUAUCAAGCUUGCGAAUGCGGAUGUUGAUCAUGAAAUUGUUAUGAGCAUUUUAAGUCAUGAUUUCGACGGGGAUCAAAGAUGCAUUGGCUUCUACAGCCUCAAUUUGCACGGCUUUACAAUUUUUAGCCGGCGUAUUGGUAUGCAGAAAGAUCAUUAAAAAUGGAUCAACAGGCAACACCUCAGCCUUGGCAUUUGUAACAUGUUAUACAUCAUGUGUUCUAUGGAUAAGAUACAGUAUGCUUAUUGAAGACAGAUUCAUAUUAUUAGUGAAUAUCUUUGGAUCAAUACUACAAAUAUCUUAUGUUUACGUGUUUAUUUUGUAUAGUGUAAAGAAAUUUAAAAUUAUAAAACAAAUGAUAGUAGCAACUUGUUUUCUCGGAGCUGUAUACUUUUAUAGCUUUUACGAGGAAGACAAAGCAUUAUCUGCAAAGUAUGUUGGUUCUCUUAGCUGUACAGUAACAGUAUUAUUCUUUGCCUCCCCUUUAAUGAUGAUGGCACACGUGAUAAAGGUCAAAAGUACGGAAAGUUUACCAUUUCCAAUUAUAAUGGCUUCGUUAAUUGUUUCCUCUCAGUGGUUUGCAUAUGGUUGCCUUCUCAAUGAUCCUUUCAUACAGAUACCAAACUUCUUAGGCUGUGUAUUGUCUGCGUUCCAGCUUUGUUUCUUUGUGAUUUAUCGAAAUAAUCAAGUCACCGAAGCUCAUCUCAUAUGA